ACACACCAGAGCAGUGCAUCAACAUGGCGAGCGAAACGCCCGCAAAUGCCGACUCCCAGGCACCGCCCACGGUAAACGGCCAGUCUCAGCCGUCCGAACAGCCGUCACAGCAGCAGCAGCCUGCACCGUCGCAGCAGCCCACCAGCCAGCCUGCGCCCAUCGUCGACGGCCCGAACCCCCCCGCUCCGACCGCGCCCACCGGUCUCGAGCCUCGGCUGCCGUCGCGCAAGGAUAUCUCGCUGCGCGAGUUCCUGCAUAAGAUUGAUGACUAUGCCCCGAUUAUCCCAGACGCAGUCACGCACUACUACAUGACCAAGGCCGGGCUGCCGCCGCCCCCGCAGACCGAUCCCCGGCUCGCGCGACUCCUCGCGCUCGCGACGCAAAAGUUCGUCGCUGACGUUGCCGCCGACGCUUACCAGUACAGCCGCAUCCGCGGCGCGAGCAACAACAACAACCCGAUGGGCUCUCUUGGCGCCGCGGCCGGCUUCCCGAUCCCUGGGCAGCAGGCCGGCGGGCAGGCCGGCGGCAAGGACGGCCAGGGCAAGGCUGGCGCGGGCGGCGCACCGCUGGGUAUCCAGCGGCCGGGCUUCGGCGGUGGUGGCCAGGGCGGCAGCCAGAACAGGACGGUACUCACCAUGGAGGAUUUGGGCAUGGCGGUUGGAGAGUACGGCGUCAACGUCAAGAGGGGAGAGUUUUACCGAUGAGAGACGGCCUCGUGGCGAGGCACAAAGGGGCCCCUGGAUAUGAACCCCACGGAUGGGUUGGUGGGUGGACAGCUUUGGUCUUGCAUGGCGUUAGGGUUGGUCCUCGGAAGCGGCGUUCCGGCGAUGCGCCUGGUAGUCACAGGCAGCGCCUAAGACUUGAUAAAUUGAUGAUAUCCCGCGCGAG